AUGGGCAAAGCAACAGCUACAGAUGCUACCCUCCAUCAACAUACUUGGGAGUGGAAAGGUGAUGGCCUUCCCCCUCCAACUCACUGUUUCUUCAUAAUCAUCUAUGUGCUCGAAUCCUUGACAGUAAUUAUGCAGAGCAACUUAAUUUUUGCAGUGCUGAGCAGGAGGCUGUCAUCGAUGGACUUGUUUCCCACCUGCCUGGGCAUCUGCUGCUUCUGUCUACAGUGCGUGUCAGUGCUGAACAAUUUUUGCUCCUAUUUUAACCCUAACUAUGUAUUUUGAUACCGAUCAAUCACCUGGGAAUUUACUAGUACUCUUAGGUUAACCAGCUUGCUCGCUGUCUUCCACUGAUCAAGGGUCAACUCUUUUACCUCCAUCUUCCUCUGGCCAACGUGGAAAAUUUUCAGGUUCGUUCUUUGGCUGUUGCUAAAUGCUCUGUUGAUUUCUUGUGUGUCAAUCACCAUCUCAGCUACUAGGAAUUAUAUGAAUGUUCACUUAAUCACUGUGGGGCUUUUCUCUAUAAACAGCCCUAGGAUUGAGAGACUUAAGACGUUCCACCUGUAUUUUACCAUAUCUUAUCAAACAGUUGCAAUUUUUAUUUCUUUCCUCCUAUUCUUGGCCUCCACCAACUCACUAGCCUCCCUGUUCCAACACAUGGAGUAGAUGCAACACCCCAGCCCUGGCCACUAGAACUACAGUUCUAGCAUGGAAGCUCACACCACUGCCCUAAAGUCUUUUGCCAUCUUCCUUAUUUUCUUCAUCUCUUACCUUCUGACCCUACUCAUCUCUGUUAUGAGCAUCUCAUUGGACAAGAGGUCUUGGUUCUGGGUCUGGGAAGUUGUCAUCUAUGCAAUAGUCCCUAUUCACUCCUCUUCUCUAAUGCUGAGCAGCUCUAAAUUGAAAGAGGUUUUCAAAGUAAGGUGCUGGGGCCUAGAGGCUGCCCGAGGCACAGGGUACAAAAAGAUCCCUGGGCAAAGGGGAGUUUGCAUUGACACAACUAAUGCUAAUAACCAGCACUGCUCUUGA